AUGUCGAAACUCAUGCAAUACACGAACUUGGGUGAAAGUGGACUGCGAGUCUCUCGUGUUUGCGUCGGCUGUAUGUCCUAUGGCUUUCAAGAAGGACGUUGGAAAUGGACCAUAGCCGAAGAUCAAGCCCUACCACUUCUGAACUAUUGCUACGAGAAAAACCUGAACUUCUACGACACAGCGAAUGUCUACUCGAACGGUGUCUCUGAGGAGAUUCUGGGAAAGGCUAUCAAGAAGUACAACUGGCGCAGAGAAAACGUUGUCAUUGCAACCAAGGUCUACGCUCCUGUAGGUCGAGGCGCCGAAGAUGCCAUGGCUCUUUCGGAGCAAGAAAGAGAAAAUCAGGGCUAUGGCAACAUGUUCGGUCUAAGUCGCAAGCAUAUCUUUGAGAGCGUUGAUGCCAGUCUCAAGAGGUUGAAUUUGGAUUAUGUUGAUCUGCUCCAGAUUCAUCGGUUCGACUACAAGACCCCAGUCAAAGAGACAAUGAAGGCGUUACACGACAUAGUUCAGACAGGAAAGGUACGGUAUAUCGGCGCCUCAUCAAUGUUUGCACACCAAUUUCUCGAGUACCAAUAUACUGCUCGAAUGAAUGGGUGGACAGAGUUCAUCUCCAUGCAGAACCUCUACAAUGCCGUCUUCCGUGAAGAAGAACGAGAGAUGUACCCUGCCUGCCAGAAGUUCUCCGUGGGGGGUAUACCUUGGUCGCCCGUCGCAAUGGGCUUUCUUACCCGUCCCGUCGAUGCCUUCAAAGACACCACCAGAGGAGAAGGACUCGACAAAGGCAUGUUCGGCCAAGAAUGGACCGAAGGCGACAAGAAGAUCAAUAAGAGAAUCGAGGAGAUUGCCAAGGACCGAGGGACAACCAUGGCAGUUGUAGCCAUCGCCUGGACCCUAGCCAAGCCAUUCAUACACUCUCCUAUCGUUGGUCUGAGCAGCGAGAAACGUGUCGACGAAGCUAUUGAAGCAAUACACUUCAAACUGUCUGAGGAGGAAGUAAAGUCCAUCGAUGACUUGUACACAUCGAAGAAGAACGUUGGGUUUUCAUAG